AUGAUUCAAGAGCGCCCUGACUUCAAGACUCUCGAUCCGUCUGACAUACUUGAGAGGCUCAACACACAUGAGUUCCAGCUAUCUGAGAAAAGAGAUAUCUGUGGUCCCAACUAUGGCCGUACUCACGCUUUGAAGGCAAAGGCUGUCUCCUUGUCUGAAGAAGAAUCUGACUACAGUUCUGGUGAUCUUGAAGACCUUGGAAAGGAACUUGCUAUGCUCGUGAAGAAGUUCCGGAGGUUCACCAAGAAGAAAGACAUCAGAAAGUCUUCAAGAUCCAGCUCAAGGAAUGAUGAAGCUUCCUCUCAUGAUCACAAGAAGAGAACCUAUCACAAGUGCAAGAAACCUGGUCACUACAUCUCUGAGUGUCAACAGUGGGACAACGAGACAAAGAAGAAGAAGAAGAAGAAGAAGAAGAAGAAGAAGAAGAAGAAGAGCAAGGACUAUGAUUCUGAUGACAAGAAGAAGAAGAAAUCCUCAAAGUCUUCUUCCAAGUCUUCGUCGAAGUCUUCUUCACACAAGAAGAGCUCAUCUGGCAAGGCUUGUGCGUUUGUUGUCAAGGAGAUGGAUUUAGAGGAGGAGUCUGCAUCUGAGGAGACAGAGGUGGAGUCCGAGGAGGAAUCUAAUUCUGGAGUGGCAAGCCUGGCUCUAGCUUCUGCAUACGUCGCCAAGUCCAUCUUCAACAUUGAAGACAAUGGCCUCGUCACCAACGCUGAUGCCAAGGAUGAGGAUGACUCUGCCCCCACCUACUGCUUCAUGGCACGUGGUGCCAAGGUAGACUCACGCGAUGCUUACUUUCAAACAUCAAGUGAAGAUGACUCUGAAUGUGAAUCUAAACCUAGCUACAAAACACUUGCUAAAAUUGCA